AUGUCCAGUUUCACGUCCAUGCGCCGUCGCUCGUCGACCUCGAUGGGUUCAGAACCCUCCACCCCGGCCCACUCCCCGGAGACCUCACACAUCGACGACCGCCUGAAUUCGCUGCUCGCCAGCUUCGACGCUGGGACACACUCGUUCUGCCGUGCAGAGAGGACAGAGGAAGCCAAGCUCCAAGCCCAGAGCACCGUGCCCGCACCCAAGGCCCUCCCGACGUCGUCGGCACCGACCACGCGCCGCCCGCUGCUGUCAAUGCUCUCCCUCACCCGCCCCAGCAUCCUCAAAGAGCCCACGCGCCACUUUGACCCCUCGCGCGAGCCCAAGCUCCACGGUCUCCCUUGA